CGCAUAUUGUAUUUUUCAUGAUGUCUUGUCUCAAUUACAAUUGAUUAUUCACGUCGAUAGAAAUAAGGCGAGGCCGUCCUCAGCCUCACCGUUAUUAAAAUCAGUAGAUCCACCAGCCGGUCCCGCAAGCGUGACUGAAAAGAUCUUUUUCCCAUCCAAGAACUUUUCUGUCCUCUAAUCGUCAAAACCAUAAGAUUGAGACGUUUCGGAGCCCCACCACCAUUGCCCGUGAUCUCCCAUCAUGACAGCUGCGUCAACAGCCCCUGUUUCAAGCGGGCCAAGAGCCGUCCCGGCUUCCCAAGGCGGGGGGCAACCGAAACAACAGAAAGACCAAACCCAAUGGGGUUGCGCCAUGUGGACGGUGCUUGCGUUGUUUAUCUUCUGCGGGUGUGGCACCCAAUACUCGGCGGAUGCAGUUUGGAACAAGGCGGUCGUGCGAAAUCGAGAGAAUACCCGCGACGAGCGCUACGGGGCCUGGAUGAUCGUCGUAACGUUUGGCAUGGCCGCCGAAGGAUUCUGUCUGCUCGUCUUUUUCGCCAUGCGACUCUUCGACCGGAAAGGGCAAGAGGCGCCCAAUAAUGACUCGAUUAAGGGACAAGGAUCUGCUUUCGACGGUGAUAAAAGCGCGACGGCGAUGAAAAACGAAGACGCGGACGAUGGCUUUCGUUUGCAGAAGAUGUUGGUUCGCGCACACUCCCAGAAUAUGUCGCCAAGCAAUGAAGAGAAUAAUAACAAUAAGACGUCGAUAAAGUUCAGUGGAGCACGGUUUGUCGCCAAAAGAAAUUUGACUUUGGUUGAUCAAGCGGAAGACAAUAAUAAUUUCCCAGCGGAAGAGGAACAAAAAAUAUACCCAAAUCAAGCCACUUCACAGCUCUUGCUGUCUCGCGAGCGGACCAGCUCCAGUGCGGACGUGUUGGACGCCCACGUCGGCGAUGACGAAGAUGACAGUCGUUUCCGCUUCUGCGACCAGCGACUGCUGCGGUUCAUGUUUUCCGGGGUCUUCGACGUGUUGAGUGCGUCCUUCACCCUCACUUCCUUCAUGGCAGUGUCACCGGCAGUGAACCAGGUCUGUCGGUGCAGUCGGCUCGCGUACGUCAUAGUUUACUGUUGUAUAGGAUUUACUUAAAUUUGAUCUAUGACUUCUGCUCUUGUUCGAUGUUGAUGAGAAUGAUAAAAACGUCGAACGACUCACUAGACGAGCUAAAGACACCUAGUCGUACAAUGCGCCUCCGGGGACGACAGAAGUUUCUUGUGCCUACACGACGACGGCCUUAGGAGAGAUGAAAAUUUCAAAUCAGGUUCAAUGGCAUUCUGAAUCGCGUUUUCUUCGCCAAGAAGCUGCAGUGGUUCCAAAUUGUCGGCUAUCAAGUGUAAAAAUGUCUGGGUCUGAAAGAUUGCCAGGUUUGUCAUGCACGUUUUGCAUGACUCCUGAUGUCUGUGAUGCAUGCCCUAGCAUCACAGAUUUUGUGAGGGCUUCCUGAUGCCUAUACCGCACGGCAAAUGCUCUUUCCGUGUAGCAAAACUUGGACUCUCUUGGCUGCUCAUGCAAUACAGUUUUUUUUAGAAUCCAAAAUCAGCAACACAAGUUGCAUUCUUCCAGACCCAGACAUUUUUGCAAUCCAUAUCGGCAUUUUGGGGUGCAGUCUGGGGAUCGCCAUGCAGUACGUGGGUAAGGUUUAUUUUCCAUUGCCCGCGCCACCCACCUCCGGCCCCACCAGCCGCGGGCUCAUGGACGAGUUCAAGUUGACGGACGCCGCCCCGGCAACGGGCAUCACCAUUGCGCUGGCCGGCAACUUUUUGGGAUCGAUCCAGCACUGCCUGCAGGCGCAGUUCUUCCAGCAAUUGCCGAAGACGCCCGCGACGGUGGUGGUUGGGAUCGAGGGCUGGACGGGGACCAUGGUUGCCGUCCUGUUUAUCAUGCCCAUGCUCUACUUGCUGGGGUCUAUCCAUGAUAACCAAUCUCCUCUAAGACCUCCACUUCUAUCUCCGGACCAAACCGGUGCCGACGACUCUGCUGCUGGUGCAGCUCCAGGUGCUGGUGUUGUUAUUACCGUCGGCGGGGUUCCCACGCACGGCUACUCCCCGGGCGGAGAACAACACCGGGACGGUUUAUUUUCAGGUAGUUUUCUGUUCCGAAGGCCUCCUGGGGGAGCUGCCCCCGGAGCGGGCGGCAGUGGUUCAUCGUCUUCGCAAUUUCUAGCAGGUGGCGCACCUCCACAGGCUGUAGUAGAUCACGAAGAAGGGAGCGGCGUUUUGCUUUUUUUCGCCAAACAGAAGCAGAUCCUUCUCACCGGCAUUAUCCAGUUCUUCAACUCGCGAUCGCUGCAACUCGCGAUGCUUUCCUACUUCAUCUUCAACGCGAUCGUGUGUUCGGUCGGAUCGGUGGUCGGGAAAAAGUUGGAGUCCUCGGGUCGGGCGAUUUUGGAGUGUGUGCGGAUCAUUGCUGUGUGGAGUUUCGAGAUUCCGUACAUGUUUUGGAAGUACGACGGCGACUGGGCCGCGGUCUACCAGCUGAAGUUUGACUACACAGAAACCGGGUUUUGGAUGGAAAAGCUGGCCUUUCUCCUCAUCGCCGCCGCGACCUUGGUCUAUUUCGAAGUGGUCAAAUUCGCCUGUCUGGGCAGCGUUCUUGUGGUUGACGAAGAUGACGUCAGCGGGGAGAAAAAAUACAAGGGAGAAGAUCAUGACGAUGCAAAAAUGCUGGAGGUGGACAACUGCUACUGCAAUGACGAGGAUAGUGCAUUGCUAGGGCGGCCACGGGGCAAGGUCGGCGUGCACAACGAGAAGGACGCUGAUGCGGAGGUGGAGCAGAACGCCAGAAGGCUUGGAAAGUAGAACGAAUAAAAAAGAAAGAAUAAAUCGAUUGAUUUGAUGAUGUGGCCAGUACCACACUAUCAAAGUUUUUUUUCGUUUUCGUAUGAAGUUACAAUAGCAACAGGAAUGUUCUCUUUCGGCUUCGUCGACGUUGCGAGAGGAACAACAGCCUCGGGACAUCGACAGGUCUACAGCAGGUACAGAAAUUGAGAUGCAAAUCGUUCCACGUGAACGAGGAACGCAUCUCUUUCUUUUGUCGUUUUCUUCGCAGCGAAAGUAAAACGAGGAACCUCUUCCCGAAGAAUUUUAUAGAGUAUCAGUGCACCAGGUCGUGUUUUUACCUGGUGUUUUAUUCAUCGUCUUGUUCUUUUUCUCUGCACUUCUUAGCUAGUAGUUUCUCGCCAGAUAUUGAUACAGAUGCUCCGCCUGUCCAGCACGAGUAUAAAUUGUCAUGAAUUAAUUUCUUCAAUUAUCCGCCCUGAUUUGUAGAGAACCACCUAGGCGUCCACGUCGCGCUUGACUAGCCUGGAGAUGAUGAUGGAGCGAUGAAACAAAUUUGUAGUGAAAGCACGAAGAUGCUGUUGUUUUUGACCUCGCUUUUCGGUCGAACCAACGGUCUUCACCAUGGACGUUUUUCUAACUCAAGACAGAAACUCCAGCGGAAACUUUUUGGCCGUUCUUGCUGGAACUGAACUGCUGGCAAAUGGAGGGCUCUGACGACGACCACGGGUCACUAGACCAUGGUUUCUCUCAGUCUCAUCGUAGUACGCACUGAAGCUGUUGAAUUCGCACAACUGCAGUUCCUGUCAUCAAAUAAUCUUCACGGUUGAAGAUAUUACAGUAAUUUUUACCUCAGUUACACAAGUAGCUGGAAGUAAAGCGAGCGACAGACAUCAUGUUGGUGUGUGUAGAAGCGUCUUCAGAUAGAAUAUGUCGAUAAUAUUGACAAUCUGUGCGUGAGUUCAUGAUGAAUAGCACGUCAUGACAAGGUGCAGCUCCUAC